GAACGAGGGCUGCCUACCAAACAGUGAAAGAGAGGAGGAGAAGAGAGCGACGUGCGGGCAGCCUGCACAUCGUGCACGAUGGUUGUAGAAAGGAAGAAAGCUUGAAUUUGUUUGCGUUGGUUUGCUCCAGAUCUGAGAUCUUCUGUGUAUUUAUUGGAACAAAGGGAAAUAAGCUGCGAAAGAUAAAAAAAAAAAAAAAAAAAAAAAACACUCAAAAAGAGGACAACUUCUUAUUGUUCAUUAUUUUAUUUGUUUUAUUUAAAUCAAGCUGCACGCAACUCUUUCUCGGACUGCUUUAAAGACCCGGAGGAGCACCGACCUCCCGCCUGGACCCAACACCGACCUCAGACACUUCUCUGGCGGCCCCAGGAGCAGCAGAUCCCCGGUGAGAGGAGAGAGGAGGGGCGCCUCGGUUUUAAACACGGACCAUAAACCCCGUUGUUUGAAGCUCUGGGAUCCGCUGGUGGAAGAGGAGAAGGAGGAGGAGGAGGCAUUGCUGGGAUGUUUGAGUCGCGCUGUUUGGUGGGGUGACCGAGAGAGAGAGAGAGAGUGGCCGCAGAGACCGAGAGAGGAGCCGGGAGCAUGGCUCUGGCAGCGCUGUCUCUUUGGGUGCUUACGAGUCUCACCUGGAGCACGCCGCUCCAGGUGUCAGCCAACCGGCACUCCGUUUACUGGAACAGCUCCAACAUACAUCUCCGCAGGGAGGGUUACACAAUGCAGGUGAACGUCAACGACUACCUAGAUAUCUACUGCCCUCAUUACAAUGACACCCAGCGCAUGGUGGGCACUGGAGAGCAGUACGUCCUCUACAUGGUCAGCUACCGUGGCUACAGGAACUGUGACCCUCAGCUGGGCUUCAAGAGGUGGGAGUGCAACCGGCCCCACGCCCCCCACGCACCCAUCAAGUUCUCUGAGAAGUUCCAGCGCUACAGCGCCUUCUCGCUGGGCUAUGAGUUCCAUGUCGGCCAGGAGUACUACUACAUCUCCACGCCCACUCAUCACCAUGGACGCAGCUGUCUCAGACUACGAGUGUACGUCUGCUGCUCCACAGCAUCGGAUGUGGAUGAUGAACCAGAGCCUACAGAACCAGACUACACGCUGAGUCCAGGCCUAAAAAUUGAUGAUAUUGAUGAAUUCAACCCUUUUGUUCCCAAACUGGAGAAGAGUGUCAGUGGAAGCAGUCCAUCCAGGGAUCGACUUCUCCUCACCGUGACAAUGCUCUUCCUUGCCGCUCUCUUCAUCUCCUAGCAGCAGGUGUCCCGUCAGUGUCACCAUGCCUUUUGGGGAAGAUGUUCACUGUCAGCAUUGGGUCAGAGGGAAAAGAGAGGGGGCAUACAUGAGCAGGAUGGAAGGGCAGCGUUUUUCUUUUUUAAAUAUACGUUUUUCAAGCAUCAACGUGCAAAUGAGUUUGUUGGUACAGCUGUUUUUUCAGAAGAGCACGGAAAGACCUCAAGGAACUGGGUGUCACAGACUGAACUGUUCAGUUGCGUUAAACCCUGCCUGUUCUCACAGGCGCAGGUGCCGUUGACUGUGUUUUGUUUAUGUGUGCGUCUGCUUGCCUGUGUGUCUGAGCAGGCCGUAGGGUGAGCUUGUUGAAUCACGCUCACCCCUAAAGCAUUUAUACAAGGAGAGACGGGAGGGGGGGGAACUCCUAUUAAAAGAAAAACCUCAAUCACAAAUGAAUUAAAGACUUUUUUGGGAUCUGAUUGGCUAUAACACUUUCUUAGGGCUAGCUGCCAUAGUUUCUUGCACCAAGACUGAAGAGAGUAUAGAUUUCAGCUGAACUGAACUGAUAUUGCCUUUUCUUUUCUUUUCUUUUCUCGUUCUUGAUGCUGGGAGCUUCUCCUAGUCUGCAAAAGAAAUAAUAAAGAACCCAGCAAAUGAUCUGCGUGGGGUCUGGUUAGGAAACUAGACAGAGUAGCUAAUAGUUUAUACACAUACCCAGAAAAAAACACAACUGGGCAAGAUGCAAGUGUUUCAUCAGCCAUCUAAACUGUGUCAUCCUAUGUAUAUGUCUGAUCAAUCUAUAGAAGGUAGAAAGGGUGGGAAUACAGAGCAUUUAAAUGAUGAAUCUUUUACUAUAUUGUAAUUUUUGUGGGAAAAAAAGAAUUUAAAUGUGCCAUUUACAGGAACUGCAAUGGUUUGUUAAUGUUUUAAGUUUCCUAGGUAUAUAUCAUUUUCAGUUUUGUCCUUUGAAGUUCUUGGUUAUUCCUCUGACAUCCCUGAGGUUAACAAAGCACAUGAUGGCGAUGGAACGGAGCAGCCACUCAGCAAUACUACCCCUCCUCACAACAGACUGUUCAGGCGAGAGGAGAUGGAAGGACAUUACUUCACACACCCACAAGCAUCUACAAAUGUUUCCCACUGGUCUGCCCUGGUCCAAUACUCCGCCCUGUUCUUUGUAAACCUUUACAUCAGAUGCCACAUGUGAAGUUCCAACUGCGUCUGAGUGAGAAAAUAUGUUUGGCAGUGAAAAGAAGAUUUUUAAAUGGUACUAACAGCUUCAUAAUUUAUCCACACACUGUUGUGUUGGUAUGUAAGUGUGGCAAUUGACACAAAAAAAACAAAAACAAGUUAUAGAAGCAAACAGUGCUUUGGUGGGGAGAUACAGCAAUUCAAAUACAUCAUUCAGUCGCUUCAGAAUAGCAUUUCAAUAGCUACUAGCACCUUGUUCGCCGUGGAUCCCCAACUCUGGUGGUCUCCAGUAGGGAGUGGCUCACCGUAGUAUCUGAUAACACUGAUGGCGGUGAGGAUUAUACCGUUGAUUAAAAGGAAGAUGAUGAUGAUGAUGGACUGCAAGCUGAUGGCUGGCCCAUAAGGUCACUCAGCAGCUCACCCACCGGCACAUGAGGCGUUCAAGUACUCGUGUAAAUGUCACAGCAGACAUAGAAUGGAAUUUACGAAGUCUACAGAAGUGAAAUGUCAUGUAAGAAUUUUUAUAAAGUUGAAGCUUAGUUUUUUUUGUUUUUGUUUGGUUUUCUGUGGUUGUUUUUUUUUAUUCUUCUCUUGUUGAUUUAUGAGAUACAUUUGUAACCAGAUAUUGACACUAUAUAAAAGGAUGCAUGCCCAGUAUUUUUCUCUCUGUCUUACAUUAAAUUACUAAAGUUUUAUGUUUUAGGUCACUUAGAACUAGCAAAAUCAGUUUUAUGUACUAAAUAACAGAAUAAUGAGAGGGAGUGAAAUCAUUUUAAAGCAUUUUAGUACUUUCUUCAAAGCCUCAAUAUUUAGCGGAUUAAUUUCACUAUAGAUAAUGACGCUUUCUUAUCAGCUUCAGCCAGUAUCUUCACAAGGCCUUUAGUUUUUGUUCUUGGGUUGAUUUGCAAAAUUUGCAGUGAAACACGUUCAUCUCUGGAGCUCAGAACCCAUCUCCGUUCUGGAUAGUGUGAAGGCAGGACAUUCACAUGAUGCUUACACUUGCAUCUAACUGUUUAAACAGAUGAAUGUGGCACCUUCAGGUAAAUUGAAUGCAAGGUGUAACCAGACCUAUGGAGGUCCACAGCUCUCUUCCUGGUAUCUUGGCUGUUCUUUAGAUUUUGUGAAUUAACAUAUCCGAAAUUUGUAAAGCACUGACAUCAUCAUCAGGGCUUUCCCAAAUGAUUUAAAGGCAUGGCAAUGUUUAUGUAAAUAAACUCAUUAUUCUGACAUUUA